AUGGCUACAACCGCUUCGCAACAGUCGCCAUCCAUGGUGCGGCGUCAUUCUUCUAACCGCAACCCUACGCCAUCGUAUACUCCUGUCUCGCCUGCACUACCAUCGAGGGCACACUCAACAAACCAAAGACCUAGCCACAAUCGAUCAGGAUCACGGUCCUACGAAGCCCCUCCUCCAGCGAGCCCUGCAGUGCUUGCGAAUGUUGCCCGCCGAGACAUGGAACAGAGCAACAUGGCACGAACGCCCUCCUCACGCCGAAGUUCUCGCGAAAGGCGAAGGGACUACGAGGGAGAACCAAUGUCUCACGGAAGAACAUCCUCUCGUCCGGGGUCGCGACGUGCAAGUCAGGAGUUGACUGCGACAACUGCGGCGAUAGUAAACGGAACAUCGGCUCACCCUCCAACUAGCCCUCCGUCGCAAACUGAGAGACUUCCUUCCCAGGUAUACCCCACUGUUGGUCGUAGACGCACAUCAAUUACUGCGCAAACAGGGACUUGGACGCUAGGAAAGACAAUAGGCCAAGGCAGUAUGGGAAAGGUCAAGCUUGCGAAGAACAUAGAGACGGGAGAGACAGCAGCAAUCAAGAUUGUUCCGAGGCAAACAGCUGAAGACCACGGAAGUGCAAAAGAUGAACGGGCCGAUCGAUCCAAAGAGAUCCGAACAGCAAGAGAGGCUGCCAUGGUGUCUUUGCUUUCUCACCCUUAUAUUUGUGGCAUGAUCGAUGUCCAGAGAACGAAUUACCACUGGUAUAUGCUUUUCGAGUACGUCAACGGCGGCCAAAUGCUCGAUUACAUCAUCGCUCAUGGAAGGCUCAAAGAAAAGCAAGCAAGGAAGUUUGCUCGUCAAAUCGCCAGUGCUUUAGAUUACUGCCACCGGAACAGUAUUGUGCACCGAGACCUGAAGAUCGAAAACAUUCUUAUCAGCAAAACCGGCGACAUCAAAAUCAUUGAUUUUGGCUUGAGCAACCUCUACUCACCACGGUCUCUGCUGAAAACCUUCUGCGGAAGUUUGUAUUUUGCUGCCCCGGAGUUACUGCAGGCCCGUCAAUAUACCGGGCCUGAAGUCGACGUGUGGAGUUUUGGGAUAGUCCUUUACGUUCUUGUCUGUGGCAAGGUUCCCUUUGACGACCAGAGCAUGCCUCAGUUACACGCCAAGAUCAAACGAGGCGUAGUGGACUAUCCCCAGUGGCUGACGGCGGAAUGCAAAAGCAUCAUAUCCCGAAUGUUAGUGGUCGAUCCCCGAGACCGCGCCAGCCUACAAGAAAUUAUGAACCAUCCGUGGAUGACAAAAGGGUUCAAUGGUCCUCCUGAUAAUUACCUUCUCCCUAGAGAGCCGCUCCAAUUGCCUUUGGAUUCUGACGUUAUUGAUAAAAUGCAAGGGUUCGACUUCGGUUCUUCAGCGUACAUCACAGAGCAAUUGACCCGGAUCAUUGAGUCAGAGGACUACCAGAAUGCUGUCCGCAGAUCCACCAAGGAAGAGUUCAGCCACACCUCCACCAACAGUGAGAAAAAACGCGGAGUUUUCGACUUCUACAAACGUCGAAAUUCGAUGAGCAGGGAAGGCCUAUCGACUCCGUCUACCGAGGCGAUUCGUAGUUACGACGCCCUCAAUGCUUACAGCCCGCUAGUUUCAAUCUACUACUUGGCGCGAGAGAAGCGCGACCGAGAACGAAGAGAGCAGAAUCCUGGUGCUCUGGCCAUGCCUGUCACUCCUGAGGAUCCACCGCUCAAACUCCCUGGCCUCCCACCACCGGAGGCAGCGCAUACUAACACCUUCGCACCAGAAAUGCCCGGUGAAAAAGCUACGGGUGGUAGGGCACGCCCCCGUGCUCGAACGAACGGUGAAGAUGAGGUGGUGCAUGCUAUGAAGAACCUUGACAUUCCUGAAAGGAAACCGGGCUCGAUUGCAACGUCGCCGACUGCGAUUCCACCUCCCGACCAGCCCGCAAAGAGAGAUGGCACAGCCAUUGGCCUCCUCAGAAGAUUCAGCACAAGACGCUAUCGCGAACGCGAUGUGGAGCGGCCACAACCACCACCGGCUCUCAACAUUCAACCACCACAAGAUUCAGCAAUUGCCCCAAGAAAGUCCUUUUCUGUCCGACGUUCUCGAAGAAGAGACCCGAGUCCGUCAACCCAUCAUGCAGGAGGAAGCCAACCUCAGCAUGACGGCCUUCUCAGUGCCAGCGGUGGAUUCUCCAAAGCUGGCAAGCUCCUGGGACGAUCGACCAGCGUCAAUUCAGCAGACUAUCGGCCACGUCGGCUUCUUCAUCGUGGCGUCUCAGGAAAUGAUUCGCCGUCACUUGCGCCUGAGGCACCACACACCAGCGGAUCAGAUCAAUCGAGCGUCAACGCAGGUAAAUCCGGGAGGGGCGUUGAGCUUAGCGACAGGCCUGCUUCAAAUACCAGCCCGCUCGUGAACAUGCGCGCUCCUACCACUAAUCGGACGAAGUCCCUUGGACACGCUCGACAAGAGAGCAUCCAGGCUCGGCGAAGACGACAUGAAGAGCGACGAGAUCGACAUGCCAAUGUUCCUGAAGAGACUGAUGCGGACAUGCGAGACGGGACAGAUACCCUCGAUACACCUGCGCUUCCUGACACUCCUAGCACGGAGAUUUCGAAGCCAGCUUCGCUCAAAGGACUGUUCUCGACUGCCACAACAAGCAGCAAGCCUCCAGAGUUUAUCAGGCACGAUAUCAUACGAGUUUUGAACCAGCUUGGUGUACAGUAUACUGUGAUCAAAGGCGGGUUUUCCUGUAGACAUGCACCAAGCAUCAAUCUGGAAGGCGUCAAAGAACCCAGUGCUGGCCUGGAUGAGGAGAAGAGUGGGCGGGCCAUAUCAGGGCAUCAGAGAAGAAUCUCUUUCGGGGCAGCUUUCCGGGGGAAAGAGAGAGAAGACGUGAAGGACGAUCGACUCAGCCGACAUCAUACGAGGAGGAGACAACCCGAUCAGAGCUUUGUGUCGAACUCUGAGGGAUCAGAGGAAUAUUUGCAACAAGCCCGCCACACCGGUGACCAGAUUCAUGAUGGCGGAGCUACACGGACGCGGGUCCAGGACGAUACUGGUGAGCGACUCGUGCUCAGGUUUGAGAUCAGCAUUGUGAAGAUUCCCCUUCUUUCACUCCACGGCAUUCAAUUCAAAAAGGUGCAGGGUGGAAUGAAUCAGUACCGAUCUAUGACUUCGGCAAUUCUCAACUCUUUGAGAUUGUGA